AUGGGAAAACUCGACGGAAAAAUUGCACUUAUAACUGGUGGAUCAGAUGGUAUUGGUCUCUCUACUGCUCAACAGUUUGUUUUUGAAGGUGCUUAUGUAUUUAUUACUGGCCGACGUAAAGAAGCACUCGAUGCAGCAGUCAAACAAAUUGGUGAUAAACAUGUUACUGCUAUUCAAGCUGAUUCAGCUAAAUUAGAUGAUAUUGAUAAUAUGAUUAACAUAAUCCAAAAAGAAAAAGGAAAACUAAAUAUUUUAGUGGCGAAUGCUGGUAUAGUUAGUAGGGAAGCACUAGGAUCAAUUACAGAAAAAUCUUUCGAUGAUCAGUUUAAUGUUAAUGUUCGAAGUGUACUUUUUACUGUUCAAAAAGUUUUACCAAUUUUUGUCGAUGGUGGUUCAAUUAUUCUUGUUGGAUCUAAUCUGUCAGUCAAAGGUAUUCCAGCAUCAAGUGUUUAUAGUGCAACAAAAGCUGCUAUUCGUUCAUUUGCACGUUGUUGGACUGUUGAUUUAAAAGAUCGUAAAAUUCGCGUUAAUUGCCUUAGUCCAGGUCCAAUUGAUACCUCUAUGUUAAGAAGUAUCGGUGAUACAAAGGAAAGUUCAGAAAAAAUACUUAAAUCAAUGGCAGAAAGUUCUCUUAUGGGUCGACUUGGUCAUGCGUCUGAAAUUGCAAAAACAGCUGUAUUUCUCGCAUCAGAUGAUAGUUCCUAUAUCACUGGUAUUGAACUUUUUGCUGAUGGUGGUUUAUCACAAAUAUAA